CGAAAGGCGUCUAUUCUGUUCAAUCUUUGCAAUUCGCCCAUCCGUGUCCCCUAGACCAGUAGGUGGUGACAAAGCGGUUCUGCUCCUAUAGUCGCAGUAUGAAAGAUUUGCUCCUGCAGUUUGGCUGCCUACUUGAGGCAUAUGGAGGAAUUUGAAAGUAUUUCGAGAGACAGCUGAUUAGAAGGACAAACUACGCUUAGGAAUACAAACCUGCAGUUGAAUUGGUCGAAACUCUUACAGAAUUUAAACUGUGAAACUAUUAAUACAUACUUAUAACUUUGUUUUGUUCGGUGAGAAAAAUGAUUCGGUAUUGCCUGCUGAUAUUAGUUGGUUUUAUUGGGUCUGCCGUGGGUCUUUUCAGCAACAUGGGCCCAGCCGUAGAUCUUUGGUUGUCCGCAGAUGAAGUGUCUCGAAUUUUAGGGAUGCGUGUCUCUGAGCCUCUUUAUAUCAUCCAAGAUGGGUUGGCCAAUCCUUCUAUGUCUCCUUCGUUGUUGAGGAUCAACAAUGAUUCACUUUAUGAUCCGAACAUUAUUGAUCAAAGAACGAGAUUUAUUCUUCCUGCAAACAUCGACUCGCUGAAGAUCUCUUGGCGAGCUCCUAAACCAUUCCAUUAUACUUUCAUGCAACUUCAAUCAAGUGAUCCUUCUCUGAUGGGACCACCGUUACUCAGCAUCACAUUGGAAGAUAGCAUGCCAAACAAUAACACAGAAUUUCGGAUGGAUUUUCCGUGUACUGGUGAGAGGACUGGCAUAGCAUCAGUAAACGUCAUUCUGAGAAUUCGACACUUUAAGAGCGGUCUUGACAUCCCUGCAUCACCUAUACAUCUUAGUUUUGACAAACAGUGUGUGGAAGCGCCCACUUGUGAGCCUCGUUGUGCAAAUGGAGGUGUUUGCAAUCAGCUUGGACGAUGUGACUGUGCCGAGGGAUUCUAUGGCCAUUCUUGCAGAAUCAUAUUCUGCAUACCACAUUGUUACAACUCGGGAACCUGUGUAGCUCCGGGUGUGUGCGAGUGCAAGAAAGGAUUUAUUGGAGAUCGGUGUCAAAAAGCUAUGUGCAAAGACGAUUGUAAUGGUCAUGGAUACUGCUAUAAACCUGGAAGCUGCUUUUGCUAUCGAGGGUGGACGGGACCAAAAUGUGAUAAACGUAUUGACAAUUCUGCAAAAGCAUUACAGGCGACUUCCUAUCGAUCAAAAAACCUUCGACUUGUGAAGAACAGACGAUUCUGGGGUGACAGCUCAUAAUAUUUCGUUCAUUAACUACAUUAAAUCAUGGACAAUUUACAAUAGACAGUGACAUCUAUACAGCGACAGGGGUCAUGGGGCAUGGAGCUUGUCUUGUGC